CCAAUCCAACCGGGACAGGAACAUCUGCAAGUUCUGAUGCAACCACACCAUCUGAAUCAACAGUUUCAUCUGUCCCAGUCACAACACAAAUAGCCGAGACCACUUCAACAUCUGAAUCCAUAACACCAGUGUCAGGGACAACUAAGGACAGUGCUACUACCCUGGAACCUAGUACAAGUCCUGGGGAUUCAACGUCUGACCCCGCAGAAACAACAUCAGUGGCUGAAAUAACCAAUCCAACCGGGACAGGAACAUCUGCAUCUCCUGAUGCAACCACACCAUCUGAAUCAACAGCUUCAUCUGUUCCAGUCACAACACAAAUAGCCGAGACCACUUCAACAUCUGAAUCCAUAACACCAGUGUCAGGGACAACUAAGGACAGUGCUACUACCCUGGAACCUAGUACAAGUCCUGGGGAUUCAACGUCUGACCCCGCAGAAACAACAUCAGUGGCUGAAAUAACCAAUCCAACCGGGACAGGAACAUCUGCAUCUCCUGAUGCAACCACACCAUCUAAAUCAACAGCUUCAUCUGUCCCAGUCACAACACAAAUAGCUGAGACCACUUCAACAUCUGACCCCGCAGGAACAACAUUAGUGGCAAUAACAUGUAAGCCUUUGGACUGUGAAAAUGGUGGUACUUUCACUGGAUGCAAGUGUAUAUGUACAUCUGGAUACACUGGAGAAACAUGCAAGUUUAUUGACUCAAUCGAGCCAGAAAACUUUAAUCGGUCGGUGAUAGUUAACGUGACAGUUGAUGCAGUGAUUGAAAACUGUAGCAACGAAUCAAGUGAAUACAAAGAUUUUGUCCAAGACUUCAAAACAAAGAUGGAGGCGUAUUACAGGAAGUUAGUAGAACACUUCAAAGACGUUGUAGUGACGAGUGUAAGCUGUGGUGACUCUGAGGUCAAACGAUUAGAUCACUCUGAGGAAGAGAUGAGGUUAUCAGUUGAAGCUUUGGCUAGCCGCCUCACACAAAGGGCAGGAGGUGUCAGAGUCUCACACGAUGUGAUUUUGGAAAUCCCAAACAACAAUUCUGAUGAUCUGUAUAAAGAUCGCUUGGAAGAACUCACAGAGGCCAUCAAAAACUGCACAAAAGCUAGGACAGAAUUGACGGGAUGUCCAUAUAAUGUCACAAAAAACGUAGUGGAGGGCACAGAAUUAACUUCAGAAGCGUGUGUGGAGAAGUUCUACCAACUUCUAAAGGUCCCUGGCAAAUACGUGUGCUCGACUGUUUGCGAUUACCCUGAGAUACACCCUAGCCCGAAAAUGUGCCUGAACAAUGGCAGGUGCCAAUUUCUCAGGGGGUUUGGACCUAUGUGCAAGUGUCACGAUGAGGACUCGUUUUGGUACAGUGGCGAUGACUGCAGUCUGCCAAUACAUAAGAUGGGUCUGUACGCAGGUCUGAGCGUGACCUUGGGUCUGCUCUUGGUGACCGUGGGAUCCCUGACUGCAUACACGCUGGUCAACAGACGCGAACAAUCACAAAAGAAAGACCGAAAAGAGAAGCUGGUGAACCAGUGGUUCGAUGAGGACUUUCAGUGGUCUCGAUCCGACAGCCCGUAUGCAGUCUACAAUGAAAACCCAACCUUCAGAGAUGACGAAUCAGCUGGAAACAGCACGUACAGAAACGGCAUGGUGCUCUCCGACGUUGGAUUCCCACAGCCUACCAGUUACUCCCAUUUCCAACAGCCGAUGAGGAUCAACAGGCCGCGGGUCAGGACCACCUCGGAUGCCUGAACGCUGCUGUCAAACCUUCAACGUUUUUUGUUUUCAUGCAACAUUUUCUUAGAACUGUUUUUGCUGCCUUUAUGAACUAUUAAUAUUCCAGUAUUUGUCUUUUUUUACAAUAAUCUUCCUCAUGUAGGUGCUGCUGCUCAUUUUCAGCCUUCUCAUUCACAUGCAUAAUAACUGUAAAGUAGUCCUGCACCCAGAACAACUUCAAAAUCUUGUAAAUAUUGAAUUUUCUAACGACUUAUGAUGAUCAUACAUGAACAGCACCCUGUCUUUUGUUCGUAAAUGCUGGGACCCUUUGCCCCAGCAGGUCUCUGACACUGACCAGGAACAAGCCGCUGUAAAUAAUAGAUAGAUGGACUUUAAUACAUCAGAUACUUCCGUAUUUGUUCGAGUCAGAUCAUCAUUUACCGCAAUUACACUGUAAACCAACAUAAAACGCACAAAAGGCACAAUAUGUCCACUAAGUACAAGAACUCUAUUCACGUUUCGUGGGAACGUUGGAUGCCGAUGUAACUGCUUAUUUUCUACAUGGAUCACAAAGAUUUGCUCUUUGAGCUUGCUCAGAUUGUUGUGCGUUGUGGUUUAAUGCCAUCAUGGCUUUGCGGCCAUGAGAAGCCUGUCAUAAAUGCUGUUUUUGAAGUUUAUCGCGGGCUGAUUCCUGUGUGCGGUGUCACGUGCACUCAGCUGUUACAGUUACACACUCAUGAAGAUGGAUUUUGAGCCCGAUUAUCUAACUUGAAAAGCAGAUCAUUGACCUUUAGCUAGUACUGACAUUUCAGAAUCAUUAACACGUGUCCUGACACAAUAGCAAUCGUGUUUCUGCACUUAUUAUCAGGGAUUUGACGACAUUGUCAAAGAGGAAGUUCAUGAUCUACCAAUACCAAGGAACACUUUUUGUACUGUGAUUUCUUUGCCAGCAAAUGAGCACUUUAAUGGUGGAAAUUCCUACCGGGCGCAAAGUUUUUUUUUAAGUGUCUUUGAGCGUCUAAGUUUAUCAAGAGUUUGCUGAGCGAGCUCACGUUUGUCCCUCGGCCAAUGAUGACAAAGGUCUAAGGCGGAAGGAGGAUGAAAGUUAACUACCGUCUGCAAUAAUGGAAGUUAUUGUGAUUUUGCACUGUUAUUUAAUGCUUUGGAUUGAGAUAAAUUAAAAUUGUCAUUGUCAAAAUGA